CGGUCGGUGGUCUGUCGUCGGAGGUUCAAGGAAGGGACGGAGUCGCCAGCCAGCCUGCCAGGCCGAAGAAAGAAUUGAAAGGGAAUGGUGUGCGGUUGGUCGGGCCGACUCGACGCCGAUUGCGAGGCUGCGUAGCCGAAGGUGGUUGAAUGUGUGCGGUGCCAAGAAGAAGUCGAGUGCGUGUGCCUCGGAUUGUUCAAGCGACCUGAGUACCAAAGGUGGAGGAUAAAGAUGCUGCGCUUCCUGAGCCGCAGGAAAGGACGCAGCAACAACAAUGGGGCGACCAACAAGUCGGCGACUCAGAGUCGAUUCGGCGCCGACUCGAGCCGCAUCGUGCCCAACAAGAACCUGGUCCAGUGCAGGGUCAUCCUGCUCGACGGCACCGACCUUUCUGUUGACUUAUCGAAAAAGGCGGUGGGCAGCGAUUUGUACGAGCAGACCUUCUACUCGCUGGACCUCAUUGAAAAGGACUAUUUCGGCCUGCAGUACACGGACGCCAACAAUGUGCAGCAUUGGCUCGACCCGACCAAGGCUAUUAAGAAACAAGUCAAAAUUGGACCACCCUACACGUUCAGACUGAAAGUGAAAUUCUACUCAUCCGAGCCCAAUAGUUUGAGGGAGGAGCUCACGAGGUACCAGUUCUUCCUGCAGCUGAAACUUGAUCUGUUGGAGGGGCGUCUCGAGUGCCCCAUUCAGACUGCUGUUGAAUUAGCCGCACUUGCCUUACAAUCUGAACUUGGUGACUAUGAAGAAGGAGUUCACACACCUGCAGUCAUAUCAGAAUUCAGAUUCGUCCCCCAGCAAUCUGAGGAAAUGGAGUUUCUGGUGUUGGACGAAUACAAAAAGUGCAAAGGUUACACACCAGCCCAGGCCGAAACUCACUUCCUCAACAAGGUGAAGUGGCUGGAAAUGUAUGGCGUGGAUAUGCACACAGUUCUUGGAAAAGAUGGGUGUGAAUAUUCUCUAGGACUGACACCGACAGGAAUAUUAGUGUUUGAAGGCGUUCAGAAAAUUGGUCUCUUCUUUUGGCCUAAAAUUGGAAAGCUGGACUUUAAAAAGAAGAAACUUACUUUUGUGGUAGUUGAGGAUGAUGAUCAAGGAAGGGAGCAGGAGCACACGUUUGUGUUCAGACUCCACAACGAAAAAGCAUGCAAACACCUGUGGAAGUGCGCGAUCGAGCACCACGCCUUCUUCCGCCUGCGUGCCCCAGUCAAGGGCAACUCUGCUCGCCAAAACUUCUUCCGAAUGGGCUCGCGCUUCCGCUACAGCGGCAAGACCGAGUUCCAGACCACCAUCACCAGCCGCGGCCGGCGCAGCGUGCAGUUCGAGCGACGGCCCAGUCAGCGCUACGCCCGCAGACAGAGUCAUGUGAUGCGCGAGCGCCAACGCACCUUCCAGCCUGCGGCCGCCCAGGCAGCAGCCGAAGAGCGCAAGGCAGCCGCCGCGGCUGCAGCUGCAGCGGCGGCUGCGGCGUCGCCACCGCAGCCAGAAACGGCUGACCUGCUGCAACUGCACGACCCUGUCGAAGCGGCGCCCGCCUCGCCCAUGCUGACUCCCCAGGCCUCCCUCAUGGGAGACUCGCUAAAGAGGAGGAACAGUCCGAGCAGGAUGAGUGGCUCCAGUGGAAGCAGCAGAGGAGCAGUUGCCUUCGGCUCAAAGUCAACCUCCCCUGUUCCGCCAGCUGUAAUUGCUGAGGAACGUCUGGACUCUUUGCUGAAGAGCCUUGCUAAGGAAACAAAUUCCGGCAACAGAGAAGACCCUGUCAAUGAAGCCGCCGCUCUCAAUCCAACAACUAAAUCAACAGAAGUUGAUUCGUUGUCCUGCAUGAUUUCAAUCAAUGACCCUGCGAGGUCAAGUUCUCCGAUUGCCAACGGCCAGACACAGCCAAAUAACCAGACUUUAAAGGGACACAACCCUUGGGGCGCCAGACCAUUGCCUCCAGAAACCCUCAAGUGCAAUAUUCUGAAAGCUCGUGCUGAAGAAGAACUGAAGAAAAUUCCCGUGUCUGUGGAAUUGAACGCUGUUGACAAGAUGAGCAACGUUAAUGACGACCGCAAUGUUUUGUCUGUAGCGGCUGCUGAGAGUGUGAAUCACAAGAAUCAACUUUACGCCAGCGGAUUGGAUUCAACACAGCUGGACUCUUUGAAUGGCUCGGCAGCAACUUUCAUCUCCGUGGGUGGAGACAAGUUGACCCUGAGUCUGGGAGGCGCCACCGCCACCACCCCUACCAUCAGCAACAUGGUCACCUCCCCACUGUCGGUUCCGUCCAGCCCGCAGCCCGUCGAAGAGACUGACUCGGGCGACCCUGUGACUGUGACCCACUUUUCGUGGAGCGACAGAGGUCAGGUGGAGAAGGUCAAGCUGCAGAAUGGCGAGACCACGACCACGAGCAACCCCUUCAACCCGUUCACCUCGAUGGACCGGCCGAGUACUCCGACGUCCCCGCUGAACACGACCAACCCAUUCCUGGCGCCAAACUCACCUCAAGAGAAAAAACUCAAUCCGUUCUUCAACCCGUUUGCGACGAACGGAGAGGAGGCGCCGAAAUCGCCAAAAUCACCAGAGCCAGUGCUGAAAUCGCCCAUUGUGACGCAGCAAGUCGAGGUGAUUUUGGAAAAGAAUUCAAAUGCCAAGGAAACAAUUGCCCAAUCCCCACAGCCAAUCCUGAAAGCAGCCCUGACAAAAGCAAGCACUCCGCUCGCCUCGCAGAUUUCCCCGUGGCUCGUCAACGACUCGUCUCCUCCCGAACCAGCUCCCAUAAUCCGGAAAACGGUCAUCACAACUGAAUUAUGAUUGUUUUUGUGUUAAGUAGUACUUAAACUUGUGAUUCUAAGAUGUUCAUUUUAGCUUCUCAGUAAUGUUAAUUAUAAUCUAUCGAGAAUUAUAUCGUUUCAAUCUCUUACGUUAGUAGUUUUGUUGGGCAGUGCAAUUUCUUAAAUGUUAUACAUACACAGCAUUCCGUUUGGAAAAUUUGGGCUGCCAGCCGAACCCUGACCAUGCUUUUCACGGAGUAUAACCAACAUGAUGUAUUAUCGGUGCGCAGUUUCAUAGCUGUUAAGAACCCUGUUUUCGUGCGUGAGACAAUUUUCGAUGGAAUCGAUUGACAAGGAAAGUAAAAUUAUUGAUGAUGACAAGCUGCAUUUUUUUUCUGUGUAUUUGGUUUUUGAUUGAGGACGUUGUGUGCCUUUCAUCAUAAAUGCACAUUCCAUUCGAGAAUCCAGCCUCUUUUACUGGAGUGCCAUAAAUGUGAGAGUUUUCUAUAUAAUACCAAGAUCAAAAUUUCCCUGACACCAAGAAAUCCGUCCCCGGAGGUAUUUUGAUCUACUUGUAUUUGACAUUUUUAUCCAUACUGGCAAUUGAUGUGUCGAGUUUGAAUAAUUGUAAUAAAAUUUAUUAUCUAAUAAACUA